AUGGCAGAAGUCGCAGCAGGCGCUCUCGCUGUAGAGCAAGUCGUCUCUACCGGCCUCCAGGUCGGCGCAGCAGCAACCGUCGCGAGACCUACACAACCACUCACAGCAGUCCUUAGCCAGUUUGCGUCAACUCCACAAGAGGAUGCCUCACUCUCUCUAGCUCGCUCCCACCACUCAGUCACAGUCAUCAACGGCAAAGCCUACAUCUUUGGAGGCAAAAAGGACGAUGGAAAACUAUGCAAUAACGAUGUUCAUGCGGUCGCUAUCCCAGGCGAGAACCAUGCUCGGGGCGAGGGUGAGUACGCGUGCUACCCAGCUGUAGGCGACGAAGGUCACAUCCCCCCUCCACGGAUCAACCAUGCAGCGUGUGCGCGUCGCGAUACCCUCAUCAUCUUUGGCGGACAGAAUGCCGAGGGCCAAGAGGCAGACGAUGAAUUCACGCUUUGGGAAUGGGAACCCAAAGCUGCCCGAUGGUCGGUGAUAGAGGCAGCUGGGAAAGCUCCCCAGUCCAGACACAGCCAUCAGAUCUUUUACGAUGCCAAAAAGGAUAACCUAAUUCUACAUGGUGGCUACGAGAACGAGCAGCGAUCGACAGGUACCUGGCUCUUCGAUUUCACAACCCGCCUAUGGCAUGUUCUACCCGAUGCGCCCGCCGCACCUCUCGCCGCGCAGUUCGUCGAAGGCACCCUGUACUCUAUCAGCGCGGAGUCGGACCUUCAUGGAUCAGUACACUACAUGAAGACUGGCUUCAUUCAGGACGAGUCAAUUGACCAGCUCCCCGAGUGGGUAACCGUUGACUUCCCCUCUAAUCCUCUUGUCCCCGGUCCUCGACCACGUGUAGGAGGCGCUUUGAUUCCUGCCACCACAGGCCACGGCCGUCGGUACCUACUCUACCUUCUGGGCAGCCGCCAGGACGCCGACGUAGCAUCCACAGACAAGUCCUUCACCGAAGAACAUCCUUUUUACUCCGACAUGUGGUCGUUGCAAAUACCCUCGGAUGAUUACAGUGCUACGCGUGUGAAGGAUGCCAUCCGAGGUGUGAUUCCUGGCGUUGAGAAUGGCGCAUUUAGCUGGCAUGAGCUUGAGAUUGCUCCGGCAGAGAUGACGCAGGAGGCUGGAAAGGUUCAUCCUGGACCAAGAGGCUUCUUCGGAGCGGAUUCAUGUUUAGAUGGGAGGGGAGUCUUGAUUUGGGGUGGUGUAAAUGCGAAGGGAGAGACAGAGGCUGAUGGUUGGCUUUUGAAAGUUUCUUAA